AUGACUCUAUGCGAAAGGUGGCAUCCCGAGACCAGCACUUUUCACAUGCCUUUGGGGGAGAUGACUGUGACUUUGGAUGAUGUCGCAUCUCUUAUGCUUCUUCAAAUUGAAGGGCGGAUGUUGAGCCAUGGGAAGAAGAUGUUGAGACAUGAGGGAGCGGCACUACUGAUGAGGCACUUGGGUGUGUCGCAGCAGGAGACAGAGAAAAUUUGCGGUACAGAGUAUGGUGGGUACAUUAGUUAUCCGAAGUUGAGGGAAUUAUAUAUGAGGUACUUUGGUAGAGCUAACAUAUUGGCAGAUACAGAGGAUCCAGAGGAGAUGGAAGAGCUGCAGAGGGUUAGGACAUUUUGUGUGAAGUGUUAUCUCUUAUAUCUUGUUGGAUGCUUGUUGUUUGGUGAUAGAAGCAACAAACACAUCGAGUUGGUCUAUCUGACGACCAUGGAGGACGACUACGCGGGGAUGCGUAAUUAUUCAUGGGGAGGGAUGUCACUGACAUACCUAUACGACGAGUUAGCUGAGGCCUGUAAGCCUGAAGACAGAGCUCUUGGGGGAAGCGUGUCACUGCUCAUUGCAUGGUUUUUGGUGUAUUUUCCUGGCCUUUUCAGUGUUGAUCCCAACACCGACUAUAUUGAAAACUACCCGUUUGCGGCGAGGUGGAAGCUACAGAAGGGUCAUGGACAAGGGUUGACGUAUUGCUCAUUGCUUGAUCAUAUUCAGUUUGAUGACGUAUGCUGGAGGCCGUACGAAGAGCACAUGGAGAUCCAGGGUUUUAAGGAGAUAUUCUGGUAUCCAGGCUGGAUUAUUUGUGGUGAAUUCGUCGACUUCCGCACUCACACGCUUAAGGCGGCCGAUUGGGGUGAGCAGGCACAAAAGCAGACAUGGCGGAUGGCUAUGUGUUAUGGUUUAGGAAAUGAAGCUACUACCUCUGCUUUGGCUUCAGGACGCUUCGACAGUUUACUGCCGAGGAAAACCUCGACAAUUUAG